AAAGGCUGGGCUUCCCAGGAAGCCCCUCUCAGGUGACAAAUUGCAGAUCGUUCUAUGCCUCAGCUUACUACCAGCAUAACAGAGAGCCAGGUUGAUUGGUUGCAGAGCUAGCUGUGCCUUAAAGUCCUGCUCGCGUGCAGGAUGCUGCACUUAGCGUGUGGCUGUUAAGGAGGGAAGAGAAAGAAGGUUCAGUGUGCGGCCUGGAGUGCAGCCGGAGAGUGAAGACUUAAAUAGACCAGUUCAAGACUGGAUAGAAUCCAAUUUGGACAAAUGCCCUGCACUGCUAGUCCCCGAAGCUAGUGUAACUGGAGAAGUACAGUGAGCAGAUGGGAACUGAGAUCAGCCUUGAUGGAUAUCGUUUACUGGCUCAGGGAAGGUGUGUGUUCCAGGUUGCGGAGAACCCAGUGAAAAUUAGAAGUAUUGGUUUUGUGCAAGAAUCUAACAAAAGCCACGUAGGUAGAGAGCAGAGAUAGGAAACGUAGUGUGGAUGGGUGAGGUAAGCCUAGAUCAAAGAAAGAUUCCAACAUUGCCGAGAAGAGUUUGAAUUUUGUAUUGGAGUCGGUGAGACGACUUGGAGAUUUGUGUGUUAGGUGUGAAAGAUGAAAGGAUUCAUUGAUUCAAGGCACUGAUGGCGUACCAGGUUCUGUGCUAGGCUGAAGACUCAUUGGUGAAGAAGGUAGGCAUAGUACCAUAUGAAGCAAUGACACUUAAACUCAAAAUUGCAGAUGUGUUGCAUGAGGUAAUGAGACCGUUUGACAGGAGAUUCUGACAGUCCACGGAGUCAGGAAAGACUUCCCUGAGAAAAAUGAGAACUGAGCUGAAAGCGAAAAGAAGCAAAGAGUUAACCAGGCAAAGAAGCGGACAUGGUUUCAAAGUCGAGAGAACACCUGUGUAGAUUUCCUGCCACCAUCGAGGUGUCGAAGGGGGCGGAGUGGGGGAGUGGGGAGAGAAAAAGGUAAACCAGAGCCAGAGUGUGCUGUGCCUCAUCCAUGUUGAAGAUUUUGGACUUUUAUUCUUAGAGUAAUGGAAAACCACUGGAAGGUUUUAAGCAGGAGAGUAUGUGAUUGAAUUAGUGCUUAGAAAAUAUUCUAGCUGUGAUGCAAAAGAGUCAGGUGGUAAGAGGAGGAUUAGUGGAAACAGUAAGGCUUUUGCGUUAGUCCAGGUGAGAGGUCAUGGUAGUUCAGGCUAAGGUGGUGGUGGCGGAGAUGGGGAGGAAACGGGGACAGAUUGGAGAGAUCUUUAGGAGGCAAAGACAUCAGGACUUGACAAUAGAUAGGACAUGAAUGUAGCUUUGUCGGUGGUGACGGAUAUCCAGGAUAAGGUGCCACUCAGAGGUAUCAUGCUUCAGAGGACACUGCCGCUUGGAGUGUGCCAGGACCUAUUGGUCCAGGAGCCUGGAACCCUCCUCUCCUAGAGGAGAGGGAAAUGCAGUUGAAUAUAUGAGCCUGUGAUUCAAGGGAAAGAGCAGUCUGCACAGGAGAUGAGCACGCACCGAGAUGGAAAGAUGUCCGAGAUCAAGAAGAAGAUCCAGUCAAUCCUUCCCGGCGGGGACUGGAAUCCACUGUACGACACCAGCUACCUGCCCCCUGAGAGCUCGGAUGUGGUGAUUGUGGGGGGUGGGGUGCUUGGCCUGUCCGUGGCCUAUUGGCUGAAGAAGUUGGAGAAGCCAAGAGGUGCCAUUCGAGUGCUGGUGGUGGAACGGGACCACACGUAUUCCCGGGCCUCCACUGUGCUUUCCGUGGGCGGGAUUCGUCAGCAGUUCUCGGUGCCUGAGAACGUCCAGCUCUCCCUCUUUUCAAUUGACUUUCUACGGAACAUCAAUGAGUACCUGGCUGUAGCUGAUGACCCUCCCCUGGACAUUCAGUUCAACCCAUCAGGUUAUCUCUUGCUGGCUUCAGAAAAGGGUGCUGCCAUCAUGGAGAACAACGUGAAGGUGCAGAGGCAGGAAGGAGCCAAAGUUUGCCUGAUGUCUCCUGAGCAGCUUCGGAACAAAUUUCCCUGGAUAAACACAGAGGGCGUGGCUUUGGCAUCUUAUGGGAUGGAACACGAAGGUUGGUUUGACCCCUGGUGUCUGCUCCAGGGGCUUCGGCGAAAGGUCCAGUCCAUGGGGGUCCUCUUCUGCCGCGGAGAGGUGACACGUUUCGUGUCUUCGUCUAACCUCAUGAAGACUGCAAGUGGGGAAGAAGUGAAUGUGAAAAGGAUCCACGAAGUUCAUGUGAAGAUAGACCAAAGCCUGGAGUACCAGCCCGUGGAAUGUGCCAUAGUGAUCAACGCAGCAGGGGCCUGGUCUGGCCAGGUUGCAGAGCUGGCUGGCAUUGGGAAGGGGCCACCUGGCACCCUCCAGGGCACCAAGCUACCUGUGGAGCUGAGAAAAAGGUACGUGUACUUGUGGCACUGCCCCCAGGGACCAGGCCUGGAGACCCCGUUCGUUAUAGACCCCAGUGGAACCUAUUUCCGCCGAGAAGGAUUAGGCCAUAACUACCUGGGUGGCUGUAGCCCCACUGAGGAGGAGGAACCGGAUCCAGGGAACCUGGAGGUGGACCAUGAUUUCUUCCAGGACAGGGUGUGGCCCCCUUUGGCCCAGAGGGUACCGGCUUUUGAAACUCUGAAGGUUCGGAGCGCUUGGGCCGGCUAUUACGACUACAACACCUUUGACCAGAAUGGCGUGGUGGGUCCUCACCCACUGGUCAUCAACAUGUAUUUUGCCACGGGCUUCAGCGGCCACGGGCUCCAGCAGGCCCCUGCCGUGGGGCGAGCUGUGGCGGAGAUGGUGCUGGAGGGCCACUUCCAGACCAUCAACCUGAGCUCCUUCCUCUUCAGCCGCUUUUACUCGGGAGAGAAGGUCCAGGAGCACAACAUCAUCUGAGCCUGUAAGCUCUUCGCUGGGCCCCGCCGCCCUGUCCGUCCCCCGUGGCCUCCCUACACUCUCCUGUCCCCACAGGGCUGGGCGGGCAGGCCGACUACAGGCUGUGAGGCCCAGGCCAACAGAGAGUGUUGGAGGGGGAGACCCCAGGACUGACGGCCCGGGCUGAGGCCACCUGCCAAGGCAGUGCAGCCGGACAGAAUACCUGAGCACGUGGCCCAAGACUGCCUUCUUCCUGGUACUGAGCCAGCAAGAUCACCUAUGCCCCUCUUGGCAGGCUACCCCGGAGCCCGGGCAGGGAGCCUUCCGGGGCAGCUGGUGCGGAUUUAGUGACCGUUUACCUACUCAUCAAUCAAUAAAUGUUAUUACUCUUUCCACUCA